AUGGCUAAAACCGGCUUCCUUCCCCGCGAAGGUCUCUACAUCGAUCCGAUAAUAGUAGGGUUACGGAAAACAAUCUUUCAUCCGUUUACCACAUUGCUGUUGCAAUUCUUGGCGCCAAAACUCGCUUUCCUUGUCCCAUACGAACAACUGAUCCGCAUUACCGCAACAACUAGUGUCAUCUUGUGGCUUAACGAUUGGUUAACUUCCAAGAGCUUGAACAAUUGGGUUACGGAUCAUACUUGGGACUGGAACAAGGAGCUGGUCGUGGUUACGGGGGGAAGCGGUGGUAUUGGAGCGGGGGUCGCUCAGCGUCUGGCUGCACUGGGCGCACGCGUUGUUGUGUUGGACAUUAUCCCAUUAACCUACAACCUUGAGAACAAACGCAUCCUGUAUCACAAAUGCGACUUGAGUGAUGAGAAAGAGAUCGCAAGUAUUUGCGAAAAGAUCAGAGCGGAAAUUGGUGAUCCAUCUGUGCUAGUGAACAAUGCUGGUCUGUCACGCGGGCGUACAGUAGUCGAGGGUACCUACAGCGACAACAGCAUAACCCUAAAAACUAACUUACUGGCACCAUUUUUCCUGUCGAAGGAGUUUUUACCGGCUAUGAUCCGACGAAACCAUGGACAUAUUUUCAAUGUGGCCUCGAUGAGCGCUUAUAUCCCGCCUCCCGGGCUUGCUGAUUACGCAGCAUCAAAAGCUGGAUUGAUUGCAUUUCAUGAGUGUCUUGCCCAAGAGCUUCGAGUCCAGAAUGCAACGAAGGUCCGCACAUCGCUUGCUGUGCUAAGCUUCACCAAAACGCCACUAUUCAAAGGCGAUACAAACCAGUCCAGAUUUCUGAUGCCUCUUCUUCAUGUCGACACGGUUGUAGAUGUCAUUGUGGAUAUACUCGACAGUGGAUUGAGCCAGACAGUUUACCUUCCAGGAAUCUUUCGUUAUUUUGCUGGCUUGCGAGGAGCUCCGGAUUGGGUUCAGCAGCUGAUUCGAAGCGGUACCAAGUUCUUGAGAGUGGAUUUCAAAGGGCGACAGGAGAUUGAUCCGCAGACUGGAAGGCUUGUGCAGUGAUCCAAUCCCCAACGGAUUAUUUCUCUUUUCAGUCAGUAGGAGUCCUGUGAUAAUAGGGUUUUAAUUAGAGGUCAACUAUUA